UUUUUUUUUCGUACGGAACACACACGAGGUUUUGAAGUUGCUGUUGACACUGCGAAGCCGGGUAGUUGUAGAAUCGCUUUAAAAUCGUGUCAUUCAAAGCAAAUUGUGUUCGAAGUAUCCGACAUUUCUGCAGAAUGUCAAACAAAGCUCCAACAGUGAAACUGAGUAAUGGGAAAGAAAUUCCAAUUAUUGGAUUAGGAACUUGGAAAUCUAAACCUGGUCAAGUUUUUGAAGCAGUUAAAGCUGCCAUCAGCAUCGGCUACCGGCAUAUAGAUUGUGCAUUGGCCUAUCAAAAUGAAACUGAAGUAGGCCAGGCAAUUAAAGAAAAAAUUGAUGAUAAAACAAUUACAAGAGAGGAUAUCUUUGUCACUAGCAAACUUUGGAAUACAUACCAUAGGCAGGAGAAAGUUGUUGAAUGCUGUAAGAAAUCUUUGAGUGAUCUUGGUUUAGAUUAUUUGGACCUAUAUCUCAUCCACUGGCCAAUGGCUUAUCAGGAAGGAGAUGAUCUUUUCCCUAAAAAUGAAAAAGGAGAGAUGCUAACUAUGGAUCUAGAUUUUGUUGGAACUUGGAAGGGCAUGGAAGAAUGCUAUGAGAAGGGUCUUGUUCGUUCGAUAGGCUUGUCAAAUUUCAACAGUGAGCAAAUACAAAAAAUUGUCAACGUCUGUAAGGUCAAGCCUGUUAUGAAUCAGGUUGAAUGUCAUCCAUACUUGAAUCAAAACAAAUUGAUUGAAUUUUGCAAAAAACAUGGCAUAACUGUCACUGCUUACAGUCCACUUGGUUCUCCUGACAGACCUUGGGUGAAACCUGAUGAACCUUUAGUUUUAGAAGAUCCUAAAGUAAAAGAACUAGCUGCUAAGCAUAAUAAAAGCCCUGCCCAGAUUUUAUUGAGGUUCAAUGCUCAGCGUGGCGUUGUUGUUAUUCCUAAAAGUGUGACUGAAGAAAGAAUUAAAAGCAAUUUUGAAAUAUUUGACUUUGAACUCACCCCUGAAGAAAUGGAAGCUCUUUCUAACUUUAAGCAAAAGUACCGAUACUGUCAUUUGAACUGGAUGAAGAAUGAUCCUAAUUAUCCAUUCCAUCUGGAGUUCUAAGCUAGCAAGAGCAAUACUCAAGUUUCUUGAUAUGAUCUAUUUUGUAUGAGCUACAAGUUUUGUUUUGCAGAAAAAUAAAAUUUGCUUUGGUUACUUA